CUUCUUCCUCACUUUGAAGGGAGGGAAAAGGGGGGGAAAGGAUGGCGCUCUUGGGGGACGACGGUCGCGGCUACGAGCUCGCGAGGAGGCUGGAGAGCUUGGGCGUGUGGCGGACAUGGCUUGGCGACUCCGGCUACUUGAGCUUUGCCCCCUUCCUUUCCUCCCCUUCCUCCUGGGAGUCCUUCAUGCGAGCCGACGACUCCAAGCCUAGGGCUCAGCUCCACCUCCAGCUCAGGGCUCGCGCCCUCCUGUUCGACAAGGCCAGCGUCUCCCUCUUCCUCCGUUCCCCUUCCCCCGUAGCCGCCGCGAAAGCCUCUUCUUCUUCCUCCGUCGCCGUCUCGAAGCUCAAUCCCACUUAUGUCGUAGAUUUGCAGUUGCACGGCGAUGAUUUGUACUUCCCGCUCGACAGUGCUUCGCAGGAUGGCGCUCCUCAACGAGAAGGUCUUAAUGCGCCCAGUUCGACGUCAUCGAAGAGUAUGCAGUCUCAAUCUAAAGCAACUUUUGGUGCUGGCCCAAGAUACAGUGAUCCAGAAGUAGAUGCUCCAUCCCAGAGAUCGAGGAAGGAAGACUUGCCAGAGACAUGGUAUGAUCAGUUUAUUGAGAAGCACAGAGCCAGUAAACCAUAUAGAUUAUCCAGUGGGGGUCUAGGAUUAAACAAGCGCACACCUGAAGAUAUGUUUAGUUAUCUCAAACUUUUGGAGAAAUAUAAGAGAAAGCGUGUUGUCUACAAGGAUGAUCAAGCUGGAUUUUUAAAUCCCACUCAUCCUGUCAGCAUAAAUGCGGGUCCUGUUCAAGAUGUUGGAAUUGAUGAUGACACGUCUUUUCUACCAGAGGUGAUGUUCGUGUGUAAUUGUGUACCUGAUAGUGCAUUGCCAGUAUCAUAUAGGUUAGAAGACAAGAGUAAAGUGGAGUUUCGCGGCGUUCUUGAUUCAUUGCCUCAAGUUGUAACCAGGAGCCCAGUUAUGAUCGAGAGACUUGGCAUAAGGCCUGAGUACCUAAGCUCUGAGCAGGGAGGAAGUUUGUAUCGAGGGAAAAAUGGUUUUGAAGGCAGUGGGAAACAUCUCGGUCAAGAACAAGCAUUACUUGUUUCUCAGAAAGUCGUCGCACGCAUGUUGACUAGUUUGGGUUUUGAAGGUGCCACAGAACUUCCAAUGGAAGUGUUAGCUCAGUUACUGGGUUCUCAUAUCUGUAAGCUUGGCCAAAACUUGAAAGUCCUUGCAGAUAGUUACAGGAAGCAAUAUUCGGCCAUUGAACUGCUUAAAAUGUUUCUUCAAGUAUCUGGUUUCAGUAAUUUGGGGACCUUAGCUGAGCUUGUCAAGGAUGGUCCUAAGAACUUUUCUCAGCAAAGUCAGCAACAAGUACCAGAAAUGCAGCCCUUUUUGCAUUCACAGCAGCAGACCCCCCUUAGACUUCCACAGCAAAUGCCAAGACAGAUGAAUCCACAGAUGCAACAGAUGAUGAAUUCCCACAAUCUCUCAUUUCAGCAAUUGGAGUUUUUACGAAGACGGCAGGCUUCUAAUGCUCGUCCCAUGAUGGACUUUGACAAGAGCAGGCCCAUGGUCCAAGUGAAAAUCGAAAACCCAUCAGAUCUACCAAUUGAUGGUAAUGCAUUCAGUGCUGUCAAUAUGAGACACCCACAGAUGCAGCAGUUCCGACAGCAGCAUAUUGCGGCAAUGUCCAAUCUCCAUCCUCAAAACAAUAAUCAGUUCAGACCAAUGUCUACUCUUCAAAUGCCCCAAAUGCAGACUCAGAAUGUAGGUAUGGUUAGAGCUCAACCUCUGAAGGUUGAAGGUUUCCAGGAGUUGAUGGGUGGUGAUUCUACUAUGAAGCAUGAUUCAGAUGAAAAUAAGCUUACCUCUCCAUCCAGUAAAUAGAUUUGCACAUCAAGUUGCUUUCAUACUGUUCUGUGCAAUCGUUUGAGCCAUUUGUUUAGGUAAUAAAUGAAUCUUUUUUUUUUCUUUCACUAGAUAUGAUGUAUGUGCUUAAAUAUAGGUGUAGUAGAUGUCCAUGUGGUUGAUGUUGGUAGUCAUUCAAUUGUUAUCUGGUAGUCUCCUGGGUACAGAAGAUAUUGUUUAUAGUAUGCUGUUGGUUGUUAGUAACUUAGACAAA